AAUAUAAAUUUAAAGUUAGCUGUUUGUUCCUCCAUUUAAUCAGAGCCAUUAGUAUUCAAAAUUACUACAUAUGUGUCACUUUAGUUUCGUAUUUGUCAUAAAGCUAGAUGUGGGAUGAUUAUAAUAACACAAGAAAAUCGCCCAAAUUUUGCGAGGAUACCUUCCAAAAGAUGGCGGCUAAUUAUAUCCUUGGAUAAUAUAUUUAACCAGUUUUCGAGGGCAGCCAACAGAUUGGAUUCCAUUACCGACAGCCACUUAGUAAAAAAGCAAUACAACUUUCAACAUUCAAGAGCGGACUGUAAUAACUGAUGAUGAGUCCUUCCCUGAAAAUGGCGUUUCCAAAUUCAGCUGUUCAGCUUCUCCUCUCUCUGUUUCUGCUUGUUCAUCAUGUUUCAUCACAAAGAUCUACUUACAUUGUCCACAUGGACAAAUCCUCCAUGCCUAACCCAUUUUCCAGUCACCAUUUUUGGUAUUCUUCCCUUCUUACAUCAUCAAAAUCAACGUCUCAAACUUGUGCAAAUGCCGACAAAUCCGAGCCCAAGCUCAUCUACACCUACGACCACGCCUUCCAUGGAUUCAGCGCUGUUCUGUCGGCAGACGAAGUUGAAGCCUUGAAGAACUCAGCUGGCUUCAUCUCCGCCUACAAGGACAGUGUCGUGACGCCGGACACGACACACUCCACCAACUUCCUUGGCCUCACCAGUGCUUCAGGGCUCUGGCCGGCUUCCAACUACGGCAAAGAUGUUAUAAUCGGCAUUAUGUGUCCGGCCGGAGAGUCCGAGCUUCAAGGACGACGGGAUGACUGAGAUUCCUGCAAGGUGGAAGGGAGCUUGCAACGGCGGUGAAGAUUUCAACUCUUCGCUAUGCAACAAGAAAAUCAUCGGAGCCAGAUACUUCAACCAAGGAGGCCGAGCAGAGAAUCCGGAUCGGGAGUUUAAAGAUUCAGCAAGGGACGACGAUGGCCAUGGCACCCACGUGGCUUCAAUUGCAGCUGGAAACAUUGUGGAGGGAGUUUCCUUCUUCGGCUGCGCCCCCGGAACUGCGAGGGGUGUCGCUCCAUGAGCUAGGCUCGCAAUCUACAAGGUCCUCUUCUUCGGAGCUGCUGAAUCUGAUAUGCUAGCUGGAAUGGACCAGGCCGUUGCAGACGGAGUCGAUAUAAUAUCCGUUUCCAUAAGCAGCCGUGCGGAGGAUCUGUACGAGAGCCCUUUCGCCAUAGCCAGCUUUGGCGCGAGGGAGAAGGGAAUCAUGGUUUGCACGUCG